AGGCCCUGUGCAGGUGAAGUGGCUGGCAGACUGCUACCACGCUGGGAAGUCCGCGGCACAGCGCCGACAGAUCCAGAAACGCUUCAUGUCCGGAGAGCUCCGAGUCGUCGUGGCAACGGUCGCUUUCGGCAUGGGUCUGGACAAGUCGGACGUGCGAGCCAUCAUCCACUACAACAUGCCGAAGAGCUUCGAGAACUAUGUUCAGGAGAUCGGCAGGGCUGGAAGGGACGGGAAGCCUUCGCACUGUCAUCUCUUCCUCAAUGCUGAUGGUUCUGACCUGUGUGAGCUGCGUCGCCACACCUACGGCAACUCUGUUGACAGAACGACGGUUAAGAAGCUGCUGAGGAAAGUUUUCCCCCGCUGCAGGUGUCGCGAGAAGCUACGUCAGGAGAGGGAACAAGAGAGGGGAGCACAGGAAUCAGAAUUUGAAGAUGACGGUAUAGACUACACCAUGCUGUCAGAAGAUGGGAACAACACCACACAAGUCUCUUCUAAUCCUGACUCUGACCAGAACGCAACAUCUGCAGUUUCCAGCCAUCCAACUGUUGGCAGCUCGGAGGCCCCCCUGCCUUGUAGCUGUCCAGGGCAUGUGGUGGCAGUGCCUAUAGAAGCAGCUGUACAGGCACUGGAUAUGACGGAGGAAGGCAUCGCCACCUUGCUGUGCUACCUGGAACUGCACCCGCGGAAGUGGAUCGAGGUGCUGCAGCCAAUCAGGGCCUUCUGCACCAUCCAGUUCUACGGGGGGCCGGGGUUACUACGGCAACACGCCAGGACCAGCCCCAUCGUGGCAGCAGCAGUCGCCAUGGACAGGAGGAAAGGCGUGGACCACUCCAACAGUAACAGGUUAGAGUUCAACGUAGUAGAGCUGGCAGACAGGAUGGGGUGGGACCUGGAGCCUGUCAGGAGAGACAUCCGAGGACUCAAGUGGAAGAGGACAAACACAGGAGGUUACCAGCGGACGGGCCUGCUGGUGGAUUUCACCGAUGUGUCAUUCCUUCUGCGGGCGCCGGGUGACCUUUCGGACGAUGACCUUGAGGAGGUGUCGGAUUUCCUGUACAGCCGAGUUGAGUCCCAGGAACGAACCGAGCUGCGGCAGAUCAGGGCCGUGUUCGACGCACUGACAGAAGUGUCCCACGAUGAGUUCUGGGCAUGUGCGGAGGAGGUGGACCAGACUCGCAGCGAACAGCUCAAGACGACUCUCAGGGAGUACUUUGAGAAGCAGCCGGCACAAAACACGUCCUCAGACUCCUGCGCUGAGGAGGAGGAGGAACAGGUGCCGUUGAAGAACGAGGCCCAGGUGCGGUCAGACAUCCGCAGCUUCGUGUGUCUGCAUCACGACAGGACCUUCACCGGCCGAGCUGUCGCAAGGGUGUUUCACGGCAUCACCAGCCCCUGCUAUCCUGCACAGGUGUGGGGUCGUGACCGUCGGUUCUGGCGCAGCCACCUGGACGUGGACUUCAACCAGCUGCGGAGGCUGGCGGUGGAGGAACUGGUCAGGAUCAGGAUGUGAGGAACAUGGAGAUGUGCUGUGACUUAUAGGACGGGUGUUUUAAAGAUUCAAAACAAUGUGCUAUGUCUUGAAACUUGAUUUGAAUAUCAACCAUUAAGAUCAGCUACAUCUACAUACCUACAUCUCAAAGGAGUGAAAUACAUGUACGAUACUCAUCAAGUCAGAGAAGCUUCUUUCUAUUGUUCCGUCUAUUUUGAAUUUUGUUUGGUGUCACAGAUGAGAUUCUGAACAGUUUGGACUUUCAUUUUUGUACUCAUCUGUACUCAGAUAUGGAAACUCAGGGAACUAUUUUAUACUUGUUUCUAUUUAGUCCGGUAUACACCAAAAGAGAUGUGCAUUGUGUGCAAUAGAAACAUGUCCAAUUUGUACAUACUUACUAACAAUGCACUUUUCACUCAUUAUAAGUGUAAAUUGUAGCAUUGUAAACGGUUGUUGAUACUAUAUGUUGCAAAGAUAGUUUGAGGGAAUUUUUUGUAAAAAUUUGUACAGGCAAGUCUACAU